GGAAAGCGCUGCAGCCGGGGCGGGGAACAGGCUUCCCUCUUUCCCGCCCCUCCCCCGCCCGUCAGUCCCUCCCAGGGACGCCUGCGAGCGCGGCGGUACCUUCGCUUUCCCCGGCUGGGGCCGGAGGAGGGUUCUGUUGCGCGCCCGGCGGCGCCGCUCGAACCCGAGACUGAGGGAGAGAGGGAGGAAAUCCCGGCUGCCGAGCCGCGCGCGCACUGCCCACUCCUCUCCGACCGGGCGGGGCAGCCCUUCGGCUUUCUGCGCGAGGUGGGUGGGGCGGGGGGUCCCAGGGGACUGCCUCCGGCCCCUCGGCGCUGACGGGAGCGCCCCCAUAAGGUAGUCUCCGGGCCCGCGGCCCCGACCUGGCCCUGCACAGCGGACGCGGGGCAGCCCUCCCCCCGGAGUUGGAAGCGACUUUCCCGGGUCCAAAAUGCCCAAGAAGAAGCCGACGCCCAUCCAGCUGAACCCGGCCCCUGACGGCUCCGCGGUUAACGGGACCAGCUCGGCGGAGACCAACCUGGAGGCCUUGCAGAAGAAGCUGGAGGAGCUGGAGCUUGAUGAACAGCAGCGGAAGCGCCUUGAGGCCUUUCUUACCCAGAAGCAGAAGGUGGGGGAACUGAAGGAUGACGACUUUGAGAAGAUCAGUGAGCUGGGUGCUGGCAAUGGUGGUGUGGUGUUCAAGGUCUCCCACAAACCAUCUGGCCUGGUCAUGGCCAGAAAGCUAAUUCACCUGGAGAUCAAACCUGCAAUCCGGAACCAGAUCAUAAGGGAGCUGCAGGUUCUACAUGAGUGUAACUCCCCAUAUAUUGUGGGCUUCUAUGGUGCAUUCUACAGUGACGGAGAGAUCAGCAUCUGCAUGGAACACAUGGAUGGGGGUUCCUUGGAUCAAGUCCUGAAGAAAGCUGGAAGAAUUCCUGAACAAAUUUUAGGAAAAGUUAGCAUUGCUGUAAUAAAAGGCCUGACAUAUUUGAGGGAGAAGCACAAGAUUAUGCACAGAGAUGUUAAGCCCUCCAACAUCCUAGUCAACUCCCGUGGGGAGAUCAAGCUCUGUGACUUUGGUGUCAGUGGACAGCUCAUCGACUCCAUGGCCAACUCCUUUGUGGGAACAAGGUCCUACAUGUCGCCAGAAAGACUCCAGGGGACUCAUUACUCUGUGCAGUCGGACAUCUGGAGCAUGGGGCUCUCUCUGGUGGAGAUGGCGGUUGGGAGGUAUCCCAUCCCUCCUCCAGAUGCCAAGGAGCUGGAGCUGAUGUUUGGGUGCCAGGUGGAGGGAGAUGCGGCUGAGACACCACCCAGGCCAAGGACCCCCGGGAGGCCCCUUAGCAGUGAGUGGCCUGCAUAUGGAAUGGACAGCCGACCUCCCAUGGCAAUUUUUGAGUUGUUGGAUUACAUAGUCAAUGAGCCUCCUCCAAAACUGCCCAAUGGAGUAUUCAGUCUAGAAUUUCAAGAUUUUGUGAAUAAAUGUUUAAUAAAAAACCCUGCAGAGAGAGCAGAUUUGAAGCAACUCAUGGUUCAUGCUUUUAUCAAGAGAUCUGAUGCUGAGGAAGUGGAUUUUGCAGGUUGGCUCUGCUCCACCAUUGGCCUUAACCAGCCUAGCACACCAACCCACGCAGCUGGCAUCUAAGCCUUUGGGAAGCAGCAAAGAGCAAGUCCCUGCUCAGUGGCGUGCCAUGUUGCUUUUGGGCCUCUUUUCCAUGCCUGUCUCUGUUCAGACGUGCAUUUCACCUGUGACAAAGGAUGAAGAAAACAGCAUGUGCCAAAACUUUACUCGUGUGAUUUUUAAUAUUACUGUCUUUAUUCUUAUUACUAUUGUUAUUCCCCUAGUGGAUUGGCUUUGUGCUUGGGGCUAUUUGUGUGUGUUAGUGAUCAAAACACAUGCCAAGCUGAAUUACAGUGAAACUUUGGUGACUGUGGGUAGUCAUUCUUACUGAUAAUUGGACUGCUGUUCCCGCUCCAUGACUGGCUGGCCACCUGUAUUUUCAGGAUUAUUUGACAUUUGGUGGUACUUCAUUCUUGCUGGGCUACCUUCUGAGUGGAAGGGAGCCUUGUGAGAUUCUUCACAGGCAGUGCAUGUGAAGCAUGCUUUGCUGCUAUGAAAAUGAGAUCAGAAAGUGUAUAUCAUGUUAUUUUAUUAUCAUUUUUUUGCUUUUGAUGUAGAAUUCAGCAGUUUCCAUCAAAAUCUAGCCAGAGCCCUUCACUGCCACGAUAGCUGGGACUUCACCAGUCUGUCUACUAUAAUGAUUUGUAGACUUCUGGUUGUACUUCUAUAUUUAUUUUUAAAUAUACUAUGUGGGAUAUUUAGUGGUAUGUCUCUCUUUUAAGUUUUGAUUAGUGUUUCUAAAAUAGUGGAGUUAUUUUUGAAUGUCACAAACAGAUCAGGCAUUAAAAUGUGUCAGGUUUAUCUUUCCCCAAAUCCAAGUAUUGAUGCUACUGUAAACAAUGUGUAUAGUGCCUAAAAAUUGUAUGAAAAUCCUUUUAACCAUUUUAAUUCAGAUGUUUAACAGAUCUAGUCUCUUGAGAUUCUAAUAAAUAUACUAUCAAGUUAAAAAAAAAAAAAGGGAAAGAUAUUUCUACUUUGGGUGGUGGGCUUUUCAAUUUAUCUAGUACACAGGAUUAUCAAGUGAUUUAGCCAAGCAUUAUUAUGGCAGGGGGGAAGUAAAUACAGGAAGGAGGCUGGAAGGCAAAAAUUCUACACCAAGAACAAGUUCAGUGCUUUGGAUUAAUGGAGCUUCUGUAAUCUCAUUCUUUGCACUUUGUCAGUUCCUUUCACCCAACACCCUUAUCUGCAGCUCUUCCAACCACCUUCCUCUGGACCUGUGAACAGAUCCUGUCUAUUCUUUCUAUCAAGGGAAAAGCAGAAGGUGGGGAUUGGGAACAAAUCUGAGAAAAACCACAAAAUAUCGUCACAGAACGUUUGUCAUUUUCCAUAACAAAGAGUUUUGCUGGGACAUGCCUGCAGUUUCUGGCUGCCAUGCUCACAGGAGGGCCUUGCUCGUGGCCAGUUGUCCACCUGGUGUUGGAGCUUCUGCCCAAGACAUGACAGUCUGCUUUGCUACACUGAGCAGUUCUUUCCCUUGUUUUGCCACUGACAUGUAACCAUUCCUUCCUGAAGAGGAGGAAUGAGCCUGGUGCUGGCUUUGUGAUGCUUGUGAGGUGGCAGCAAAGUCACAGAAAACAAAGCCGCAUUCCCACUGGCACUCUUUCCUUCUUUUAAAAGUGACUUUUAGACUUUAGGUACAUGUGACGCUGCCUGGUCAGUACCUAUUCUCUCAUUUUCUUCUUUGAAAGGGCAGGUUAUAGAAAACCAAAGCCAACAUAUGUAUUUAAAAUAAAAGGCCUAUUUUUUUUUUUUUUUUU